UACGGUCAGCCAGGUUAAUGGUUCUUGCUUGGUCUGCGCUUUCUCUUGCAGCUUUGGGUAACCCAACCUCUUGAUCCAUCGACUCCCACCACCAAAACCUCCUCUGAUCUAUCGGCCCAACCCACCCUCUGAUCUGACCAAUCUCAAGAGCCUUCGCUUCCUACUCCCAGCUCAAAGACCCCCUUCCCAAACAAAAGGCUCUUCCUUUCCUGCUCACUUCGGAUUGGAUCUCUUCGCUACUAAUACAAAUCUGGCGGUCAAUCUUGGCCAGCAACGAAAGGAUCGAUUUUGAUUGAGCUCAGAGAUUUUGGGAACUUCAAGCAUAGCUCCAUUUGACCGAAAUCCGAUUUCAUUUGGGUUUUCCAGUUCCAAGUGGUUGGGGAGAUCAAUUUCCAUCUGGGUUUUUAUAUCUGCUGCUGGAAUAUUGUUUUCCUUUUCUCUGGGGUCGUGAUCGGUUUAUGAGUGGGACAGUCAUAUUCUAGAAGAUGUUGUAGAAGCUGGAUUAGCUGGGCUGAAAGAUAAGAAUGGGAAAGAUGAUCAACAAACCGCUGGUCCUGACGUACCUUUACCUAUUUAUCUACAUUUUACUUUCAUCUGGAGUUAUACUUUACAACAAGUGGGUACUCUCUCCUAAGUACUUCAAUUUCCCAUUUCCAAUUACACUGACCAUGAUUCAUAUGGGAUUUUCUGGAGCAGUAGCCUUUCUUCUUAUUCGUGUUUUCAAGGUUGUAGCUCCAGUUAAGAUGACCUUUGAAAUAUAUGCAACAUGUGUCGUACCAAUCAGUGCAUUCUUUGCUUCUAGUCUCUGGUUUGGCAACACUGCUUAUUUGCACAUUUCUGUGGCCUUCAUCCAGAUGCUGAAAGCUCUAAUGCCAGUGGCAACCUUUAUCACGGCAGUUAUGUGUGGCACUGAUAAAUUAAGGUGUGAUGUAUUCUCGAACAUGCUCGUGGUGAGCAUCGGGGUUGUGAUUUCCUCGUAUGGGGAAAUCCAUUUUAAUAUUGUUGGUACAGCUUACCAGGUCACAGGAAUAUUUGCUGAGGCUCUUAGGCUGGUUUUGACCCAAGUCCUGCUGCAAAAGAAGGGGUUAACUCUAAAUCCCAUCACUAGCCUGUAUUAUAUUGCUCCAUGCAGUUUUGUGUUUCUGUUUGUGCCUUGGUAUUUACUCGAGAUGCAAGAGAUGGAAGUUUCACAGAUCCAGUUCAACUUUUGGAUCUUUUUCUCUAACGCCAUCUGUGCUUUGGCUCUCAACUUUUCCAUUUUCCUGGUUAUCGGUCGAACUGGUGCGGUUACCAUGCGCGUAGCUGGCGUAUUGAAAGACUGGAUACUGAUAGCACUUUCCUCUGUUAUAUUUCCUGAGUCGACAAUAACUGGGCUCAAUAUAAUAGGCUAUGCAAUAGCUCUUUGUGGUGUUGUUAUGUAUAAUUACAUUAAGAUUAAAGAUGUUCGUGCAUCUCAAACUCAACCAGAUAGUAUUCCAGAAAGAAUUACAAAGGAGUGGAAGCUCGAGAAGAAGUCAUCUGACCCUUUUCUGCCUAGCAAGGGGAGUGACAACAAUGGUGGAAGGAACGGAGGCAAUAGUCCCACAGCUGACCCUACCGUUGAUGAAGAAGCGCCUCUUGUCCCAACGUCAAGAUUUUAUUACGCAGGACGGACACAAUUUAAACAGCCAUUCUAACUGAGUUGGCAUCCUCAUAAUUAAGAAGCUUUAUAUUCAUCCUAAGAAACGAGAAGAUCAAGAUGGUGCGGCCAGAUGCAUCCCACAUCGGGCUUCCUACGGACAGGCUUUCAGAAACCACUGUGGAAGGCUGGCGCAUCAAUUCAAAUUGCAGAUCGGACACCUCCUCGAGGCACAAUGCAUAGGAGCAAAGGAACUGCAGUUGUACGCCAAUGAUAGGCUGACCAUAUUGUCCCUGCCCUUGAAUCAAUUGGCUCAUAUCCCUUUGCUAAAGGUGAUUACGUACUGUAGUUUUGAUUCCAGAUUAUAUUGAACCGGUGGUUCUUCGGCAAUGUCAAGUUAUUUCAAUGCGAUAACCAAAUGCAGGAAUGGUUUCUCAUC